CCGCCGUAUCGGCCGCGCGUUCACCGGCGCACGCGCAUCGUACCACGAAUACCUAUACGACAUACUCGUACGCGACACGAUACGUACGUGUGACGAUAAAACCUCUUCGAUAAAAACCGCAGUGUGUAAAUUCCGUAGGCACUCGAGUCAUGUAAAUAAAUAAUGAGGAUAAGAAUGUUAAUGCGGAAACAAAAGUGAUAAUAAAUUGUUAAAUAUGUGCAACAAUAAUAAUAAAAUGGGAAGCGGGAAGUUUGGACUGAAUGGUAAAAAAGACAAAGUCAACACAACAGAGGCUAAUAAGACUGAGUUUAGUGUUAAGGAAAAAUGCCGUAAGCUACAGAAAAAACUUAAGAAGACUGAUAAACAGAAGACUGAAUCUAAUUCAAAGGAGAAGACGAUUUGGUGGAAUCAAUGCAGCAGUUUAAGCGAAAUAGACCAGUACCUAUGGAUGGUCGGUGGAUCAGCGGGGGCCCUGGCGCUGACGGGUGUUGCGGCUGCCUCGGCCUUUUAUCUCAGCACACGGCCAAAACCAGAGAAACCCCUGGUCACCCUACACGAACAGAGCUUACUUGAGCCGGGACCUGAAAUGGUUCGCGUGUCAAAGUUCUACAAGGAAGCAAAAAACGGGAAAUACCUACGAUAUCUACAUGACGACACGCGCACACUUUAUGAAACUUUUCGUAGAGGUGUCAAAGAAUCAAAUAAUGGCAACUGUCUUGGUUGGCGCGAGGGACCAAAUAAGCCGUAUGUGUGGCAGACUUACAAUGAGACCCUGCUGCGAGCGAAAAACUUUGGUUCAGGUCUUAUAUGCCAAGGUCUCACCCCGGGCCAAAGCACCUUUGUUGGUAUAUAUGCCCAGAAUUGUCCAGAAUGGAUUAUGACAGAACAAGCUGCCUAUUGCUACUCAAUGGUUAUAGUACCGUUGUAUGAUACCUUGGGAGCCAAUGCAUGUGCCUUCAUUAUUAAUCAAACGGAAAUGACAGUGGUUGUAUGUGAAGACGAGAGAAAAGCAAACCUUCUGCUAGACCAGUCUCCACGGUGCUUGCGAAAGCUCAUCACGAUAAAGGAAGUUUCACCGUCAACACAUCAAAGGGCAAAAAGUCGUGGUGUGGAAAUUGUUAAAUUCAGCGAUGUCGAGAUAUUAGGAGCGCAGAAAGAUCAUCCUUGCGUUCCACCAAAACCAGACAAUCUCUGCACAAUCUGCUAUACAUCAGGCACGACAGGAAUGCCAAAGGGUGUGAUGUUGACACACGAAAAUGUGGUGGCUUCCAUGUGCAGCGUCAUCAUGCAGCUUGGGGAACAUCGGCCAAUGAAACACGACGUAAUGAUAUCCUUCCUACCUCUCGCACAUAUGCUGGAGCGGUGUUGUGAGAAUGCUCUAUACAUGGUAGGCGGGGCUGUCGGUUUUUACAGUGGAGACAUUAGACGACUAGGCGAUGACCUAAGUGCCCUGAAACCCACAAUGAUGCCGGCUGUACCGAGACUUUUGAACAGAUUAUAUGACAAGGCACAGAGCGAAAUAUCAAAUUCAAAGAUCAAGAAAUUACUCUUCAGUAUGGCAUUGUCUGCGAAAGAGUCAGAAUUAAAGAGGGGAAUAAUCCGCCACGAUUCGAUCUGGGACAAGCUCGUGUUUCGCAAAGUACGUGAAGGGAUGGGAGGACGGUUACGUAUUAUGGUGGUUGGAUCUGCACCGCUUGCUGGCAACGUCCUCACUUUCGCGCGAUGCGCUCUUGGAUGUCUGAUCGUGGAAGGCUACGGUCAGACGGAGUGCACUGCGCCGGUCACUCUGACGGUUCAGGGCGACCACGUGCCUGAACACGUCGGGCCUCCCGUCGCUUGUUGCAAAGUGAAGUUAGUGGACGUCCCAGAAAUGGAGUACUACGCGGCGCAGGGGCAAGGCGAAGUGUGCGUGCAGGGUGCCAACGUGUUCAAGGGCUACUUCAAGGAGCCAGACAAGACGCGCCAGGUCAUCGACCAGGACGGCUGGCAUCACACCGGUGAUGUUGGAAAGUGGAUGCCUAAUGGUACCUUGAAAAUUAUCGACAGAAGAAAACACAUCUUCAAGCUGUCACAAGGCGAAUACAUAGUUCCUGAAAAAAUAGAAAAUAUUUACAUUAGAAGUCAAUACGUCGAGCAAGUUUUCGUACAUGGCGAAUCAUUAAAGUCAUGCAUAGUAGCGGUUGUGGUACCAGACGUCGAUGUGGUGAAGUGCUGGGCGCUGGAGAACGGCAUCAAGGGCACAUUCUCUGCGCUCUGCGAAGACGAACGCAUCAAGACCGUCAUCCUGGAGGACAUGCUUCAGUGGGGAAAAACCGCUGGCCUUAAAACCUUUGAACAAGUAAAGGAUAUCUACCUACACCCGGACCCCUUCUCUGUACAGAAUGGUCUAUUAACGCCAACAAUGAAGGCGAAACGUCCAGAAAUCAGGAACUACUUCAAGCCCCAGAUCGACGACAUGUACAAAAAACUCGAAUAACAAUAGCAUUCACUUAUAAUGGUAGCGUAACACUUUUCUUAUCAAGUGUACAUAUGACAUCACGUCAUUGGACUUGUAAAUUGUAAUUAUAAUGAAAUUAAUAAACAUAUUGUAUGCACCAUCUGCAAUUUAUGUUUGAAUUUUUAGUUUGCUACUUGUGUUUGAUUAGCAAAGUAUUCUAAUGAUAUAGUAAGGAGGAUUAAGCUUAAAGUCAUUUAAUUACAUUAUUGUCUAUGAUUUAAUUCUAAGGAAAUUGCCCUUUCGGUUUUAUGGAUCAACAUUUUAUGAGGCCGCUUAAUAUAAGAUUUUACAUCUUAUCAACGUUGAUAGAAUUCGAGCAUUGAAAAAAUGGACUUUGUUUCAAAGCUCAAAUUGUUCCAUAUAUCUACAGCCAGCGCACCAAGCGGAAACUUCACGAAGUUUAAAUUGGUAGUACCUACUGAAUUUUCAAUUUUAGAUCAAGCAACUUUAGGUGCAUUUUACUCUAACGAACGUUAUUGUAUUUCAAUGCCUGAAUUCUAUUAGCGUUGAGAUGUAAAAUCUUAUAGUAAGCCUGCUGAAAUCUGUUUGAGAGAUAAUUGUAAAGAUAACCUUAACAUAAAUGAGUAUUCAGUGCUAUUUCAAGAAACAUUUAUUAAAAGUCCUUAAAUUAACUUUAUAUUUAUAUAUAAAGUAGUUAUUCCGUCUACGGUUCUAUACCAUGCUUUUAAAAGAAAACUGAAGGUAUAUUCCCGCUCAAAAUAAUAAAACUGUAGACUUUAAAUAGUCUAGACAAAUUCUUGUAAGUUAAAACAUUAUUAAAAACCUAUAACUAUAGAAUUAGGUUCGUCAUACCGUCACAUGUAGCAUUUUUACAAUGCCAAUAAAUAAAGAAACUAAAGAUUUCUUGUUUAGUCAAUUAUUAUUAAACUUUUUACUAGGUAUAUUAUGUUACAUCUUUUAGUGAUGAAUAUACUUUAUAGGUACUAUACCUACCUAUUCGGGUUGCGAUACUGGAAUUCAAACUAGUAAAAAGGAUCAGAACGUUAACUAACUUCUUUUUAAUAUUCCUAAUGAUUUGCUUAAGUUUAUCGAUCUGAAGAUUUAAUUAAAAACCAUAAAACCACUGAUUUUUUAACAAAAAGCCUUCAAAUACAGUGUUAUGGAAUUAAAUGCAAAUUUUUGAAGUAGAUAAAAAUAAUUUAUAGUCUAAAUGUAACGUAGGGAAUUCUUUUAUAUCAAUUUAUUCUUUGAGAAACGUUGAAGAGUACACGAUUCGCAUGAUGACUUAAAAUAUAGCAAUUGAAUAGAAAAGAAUUUAGUAGCAAUACUUAUCAAUAAACGUUUAACGUUUAAACAAUAUACUUUCUUUAAACAUUUAGUUUAAAGGUGUACCGCUUAACUGAGACAGCUUGUGGGGUAAGAUGCCGUAGCUCAUACAAUGACAGCUAUAAUGUUAUGAUCACAACCAUCUCUGAUUGGUUGACGUUCGCUCACUAUUGGCUAUAAUGCAUUGUUGCAACAAGAAUACCAUAAAUUCAGCCAAUCAAAACAAUUGAGAUUGUAAUAAUGAUUGAUGCAGUUUUUCCGCAAUCGACCUACGGGUUGCGGAAGGGUGACAGCGACAGUUUUGAAUUUUGCGUCAAGACCUUGUCACUCUCUCACCCUAGUCUUUAUCUUACGAGCUGUUUCAAUGAAACGGUAUAACUAUAGUUGGUACAAUGAGCGUGGUAGGUAAUAAUAUGAAUAAUUGUAUGUAAAUUGACAUUAAACAUUACAUUAGUCUAAAUAAUAAUUAUGUACAGUUUUAAGUUAUCAAUAAGCUCUUUAGCAAUACGGUCGCCAAUCCAUUUACGUUAUAACUUAUAAGAAGAACGGUAAUGAAAAAAUAAACAAUACUCUAGGCGAGUGUACUUUUACGCUGUGCCUUUUAACAUUUUUAUACUUAAAUAAUUUUAGCAUCAAGUAAAAUAUGUUAUUUUCAGUUAUUAGGAAAGUGUUUUAGAUUAUUUUCCUUUAUUAUUUUCUUUAUGUUGUGCAAAGGUGUAUCUAUAAAUAAAAUUAGAGGGUGAAUCUCAUGUAGGUUGUGUGGUUGAGAUGGGAUUUAUUAUAAAGGUAUAUAAAGGUAUAUUAAAAUACUUAUACUAAGACUAAUAAGUCACUUGUCCGCUGAAGCUUAGUUUGCAUCAGUAAUUAAACACGUGGAGAAAGAUAAUAUACGAAUGUGUCUGAGUUAGAAGAAAGUUCUUUGAUAAGUGAAGAUAUUCAAUUGGACGUACUGUUACGGACGAGGUAUCGCAGACGAUCAAUAAAUGGAUGAACGAUUAGUCUCUCAAAGAAAAGCGCCUACAAAAACUACCCUUGAUGAAAACAGGGUUUUCACGAAUAGGAGGCGAGAAUAUGCGAAACGGAAUAAAGAGAAUGAACUGUCUAUUGAAUAGACUCUAUUCCAUUGUGUUCUUCAAUUGAUUGGACUAUAUGGAAACAAAAUCCGGUCUAUUCGACUGCUCGGUCUAAUGGAUCGGAAGGUACACUUCCGUUCGGUUAGACUGUUAGACUGAUUGUGAAAAAAUUCGGGAAAAAGAGUAAUAACUAAUCUUAAACGUUCCUGAAAGUAUGUAGACUAACUACCUACGUUAGUUAAAAUAAUACAAUUAGUUAUCGUUCUUUUUUUCGCAUUGUUCGACAAUCGCACUAACAGUCUAACAAGACGGAAAAACAUUACGUUUCCGAUCUGUUAGACUCAGCAAUCGAAUAGACCGGUUUUUUCAACAUUGUCUAAUCAAUCGAAUUAACAUACUAACAGAACGAAUUAGAUGACUUCGAAGGACUUAGAGGACUUCUCAAAUUUUUUUUAAAUAAAAAAACGGUCACAGAUAAAAAUUGACCGUCUGCGUUACAUCUAAAGAUUCGAUGUUUUUGGUCGGUUCAUAGAUGUUCAACUAUACGUAUAUUAGCGUGUUUUGAACGAGUAUAACUAUUAUUAUAGCCUUCGUAAAUUUGCUGUCAAAGUCACUUUUGAUACAUCUAUGAACCUACAUUUUAGUGAACAGCGAAUAGGCAUGUAGGGCUUACUAUCGCACUUUGUAGAUAAUUUUGUAUUCUCGUUAAUUAAGACUAAGUAUCUAUUUCUAAUUCACAUUAAGACAAUUGAUAAAUAAUUGAUUCAUGCUUUGAGCUAACGUUACGGUUUCAAGUUGUUUAAACCAAAAUUUUGUUGUUAUUGGUGCAAGUUGUACUACAAUAAUUUAUUUUUAAAUAAAACUUGAAAAGAU